AUGGAAACAUUCAGCUUCGAAAUAGCCAACGGCCAAAGAAUCGCUGGCAGACAUUUCCUCUCACGAAUGGAUCGGUCAACAUCCAAGACAAUUCCCAGACCACUGAUCGUAUGCAUACACGGGGCGAGUUAUGACUCGGAAUACUUUGAUCCAAACGCCGAUUACUCCUGGUCUGCACUUGCUAAUGCCUUCGACAUCCCCAUUGUGUCAAUCGAUAGACCGGGUUAUGGCGGAUGCACGGAGCUACCUGAUCAGAACGUGGUGGGCGACGCCAGUUCCGCAACUCCAACUCAGCGACAAGCUAGGUAUAUUAACAGCAGCGUUAUGCCACGUAUCUGGGAUGAGUUUGGGUUAAAGUCUGGGGCUUCGAGUGUGGUGAUUAUGGGGCAUUCUGUUGGUGGUAUGGUGGCCAUCCAGGCGGCAGGCUCAUAUGCCACACAGAAAACAACGACAUAUCCUCUAUCAGGCUUAAUGGUCUCUGGCGUUGGUUGUGUUUGGCGUCAAGGUCCAGAAGAACCUCAAUCUGAUAAACAAGCUGUAAAUAAUGAUGACGAGGAAAAGGCACAGGAAUCAGCUCAAUCAACAUCGAAGUCGGGAUACAUUACCUUUGAGACGGCAAAGAAGGACUUUCUGAUGCUCAAUUACGCCGCAGAUAAAAGCGCCGCAGAGCUGCUCAUCAAUGCCGAUGUUCUACAACUCACUGAGAAGCUCAACCAUCCUGCUCCGCUUGGUGAGAUAAUCGAUAUUGCUCAGUUGUGGCAGUCGUACUGGCGCCGAGAAGCAGAAAAGAUUAAUGUCCCUUUAUUCUAUGCCUUGAGUGAAGUUGACCCUUGGUUCGAGUCUUCUGAUGCUUCUGUCUCUGCGUUUGCUGGUGGUUUUACUAGCAGUCCAAAAGUCAUACAUAGUCGCGUUUUGAAGGCUCCUCAUUGUAUGGAGCUGAGUCUGCAAGCCAAGGGGUGGAUGCUGCAAUGCGGUGGAUUUGCUCUGGAGUGCGCUGUUACUUUGGAAUUAAGCAAUAGAAAAUAG